AUGUUCGAGGUGGGCUCUGCGGUGUGCGGUGCUGCCCCGUCCAUGACUUCAUUCCUUGUGGGCCGUACAAUCUGCGGUCUUGGAGGAUGUGGAAUGUACACAGGAGUGAUGACGAUGUUGAGCUUCCUUACAACACCCGAGGAACGCCCGGCGUAUCUGGGGUUGACUGGACUCACCUGGGGCCUAGGGACGGUGCUAGGCCCAAUUAUCGGCGGCGCGUUCGCCCUACACGUAAGCUGGAGAUGGGGGCUGUACAUCAAUCUAAUAUUUGGCGCGAUCGCAGCCCCAGUAUACUUUCUAAUGAUCCCAGCAUUGCAAACGGCGAAAGGAUCGAUUAUCUCCCGGUGGAAGCAGGUCGACUUUCUGGGUACAAUCUUGGUUGUUGGAUUGCUCAUCUCGUGUCUCAUGGCAAUCAAUUUUGGGGGCAUUCUCUAUCCCUGGGAUAGCGGACAGAUUAUUGCGCUUUUCGUUGUAACUGGGGUCCUGACAAUCGCAUUUGCUGUUCAACAAGCCUUCUGCCUCGGAACCACCCCCAACAAUCGAUCGUUCCCAGCACAGUUCUUGCGUAACCCGCAGGUACUCUUGAUAUUUGCCGCAGAGAUCUGUGCAAUAACGCUCACCUUCAUACCAAUAUAUUUCCUGCCGCUGUACUUCCAGUUGGUCCAGGGAGAUACCGCUCUCCAGUCUGGAGUCAAGUGUUUCCCGUUGGUCAUAUUUCUGGUUGUCACCAUCAUUGGUAAUGGCAUGGCCACCUCACGUUAUCCUUGGUUCCAACCUUGGUUCCUUAUGGGAUCCAUUUUCGGCUUGGUAGGUGCUGUGCUUCUGUAUACUGUGGACGAAACAACCAACGACGCACGAGUAUACGGCUAUACAAUCCUCAUCGGCGUCGGUGCGGGUUGUUUCGUGACGCUGUGUUUUGCAGCGGCACAGACCCAAGUGGACAAUAAAGCGGAGAUUCCACAAGCGGUGGCUUUCAUGGGCUUUGCGCAACAGGGUGGUGCCGCUUUCACCCUGGCGAUCUCUAACAGCGUGUUCUUGAACGUUGCGAUCCGGGAAAUUAGCGAUAUUCUGCCCAGUGUAUCCCGCGACAGUAUCCAAAAAAUCCUUUCUGGACUAGGGUCUGAUAUCCUCUCCUCCUUGAACCAGGCAGACAGGGAUAGAGUCUCUCAGAGUAUCGCCGCUAGCCUCAGCAAGGCAUACAUUGUGCCAAUCAUCUGCGGUGCCCUUGCAGUGAUUCUUUCCUUUUUUAUUAAAAGAGAUAGAGAUUGGGAGAAGCGAGCAAGGUCCACGAUUGGCAAUGUGGUGGGUCGACGAAAUCUCACCGUGAACGGAGGGGAGGAAGUACAUUCAAACACAUGA